UAUGAUGGACACUUAGAGGCAACAUGGGGUUCGAUGCAGAAGGGGGCUGUUUCCACAAAGGACUUCUGACCCUCUGACAGGCAGACAUGACAGAAGAUGCUUGAAGCAGUUGCAACAUACACUCAGCCAUAAGGAAGCUAUUUGGAUUCAGUGUUGCUUGUCAACCUCCAUAAAUUACAUUGAAGAAACAGGCGGGGCGUCACCAGAAACUGGGAGUAUAUCAUUCUGUGCAUUGCAGCGGGUUGGUAUUCGUCUCAGGGCUGACUUCAAUCUGUGCCAUGGAAUAAACUAUCCUGUAUUCAGCUGUGAUCACCUUCAGAUACCAGUAACUGACUGUGUUUUAGCUGGAGCAUCGGAGACCAGGACCUUGAGCAACAGCUGAAAAGCCUCGACGUGAAGGUGUUUGUUGUAUGCUCUAACAUUUUUUCUUGAGAAUAGGACUAAGUUUUGCCACAGCUCCGUCAGGGGACCAUGGCAGAAUACAAGUUGGAGGUGACGACUGGCAGCAUGCAGAAUGCAGGGACCUUGGACCACAUAUACAUCAUCUUAUUUGGAACGGAGGGGCAGAGUGAACGCACCGAGCUGGACAACUUCGGCAUUGACUUUCGGACUGGGACGACAAGGACUUACAUCGUAAAAACUACAUGUUCUCUGGGGAAAAUUCUGCUGGUCAAAGUGGAGAAAGAUCCCAUUUUUCUUCUCCCAGAGGAUGAGUGGUACUGCGCCAAAAUAGUCCUGGCGGGUCCAGAGGGAGACACCACUGUUUUCCCCUGUUACAGAUGGAUCACCAGAGGGGAAACAGUGGAGCUUAGAGGAGGGAAAGCCAUGAAACCUUUUGAGGAGGAGCAUGCUCUGCUGGUUGAACACCGGAAAAAGGAGCUCAAGUUUAAACAGAACUUGUACCAGUGGGCAGAUUCAGACGACAAGCUGCCUCACUACAGUCAUUUCAAAGAUUUGUCUGAAAUUCCAGCUGAACAUCGUUUUUCUACAUCCAAAACAGAUGAAGUUAUUCAUACCAGAAGAACAAUUGGUGUUGAAAUGAUGUUCAAGGGUCUGGUUGGCUCCACUAAACAAUGGAAAGACAUAGAGGACAUGAAAAGAAUCUUUUGGUUUAAAAAGACUGAAAUGUCAGAGUACGUUGCAGAACACUGGAAGGAGGAUGACUUUUUUGGAUUCCAGUUUUUGAAUGGAACUAACCCCAAUGUGAUCAAGCGCUGCUCAAAACUUCCCCCAAACUUCCCGGUCACAGAGGAGAUGGUGAAGCCUUUUUUAAGAGAGGGAAGCACUUUGAAAGAGGAGAUGGAGAAAGGUAACAUAUUCCUGUGUGAUCAGAAGAUGAUGGAUGGAAUACCGGGUAGGAUGAAAGAUGGAAGUCCUCUACAUAUGACUGCUGGUUUAUGUUUGUUCUACAUGAGUCCUGAGACCAAACUGAUGCCCAUUGCAAUACAGUUGCAUCAACAUCCUUCCGAGCAGAAUCCCAUCUUCUUGCCUAGUGACACAGAGACGGACUGGCUACUGGCCAAGAUGUUUUUUAAAAGUGCAGACAUGAUGGAAUAUCAGGCGGUCCAUCACUUCAUGAACACUCACUAUCUGGCAGAAGUCUUUACAGUUGCUGCUCUCCGCUGCUUUCCUGUCAUUCAUCCCCUCUUCAAGCUGCUGAUCCCACACUUCCGUUACACACUGCAUAUAAACACAAGGGCCCGCCAGUCUCUUUUGGGGCCUGAUGGGGCUUUGAGUGAGAGCACAAUUGGAAUUGAGGGUGUGAAGGAGCUCAUGGUCAGGAAUCUGUCAAAACUGACCUACAGCGCUCUCUGUCUUCCGGAAAACAUCACUGCACGAGGACUGGAGUCCAUCCCCAACUUCUACUACAGAGAUGAUGGUCUGAAGUUGUGGAAUAGCAUCAGCAGCUUUGUGAGGUCUGUGGUGGCGUACUAUUACCCCUCAGACGAAGACGUGAAUAAAGACACUGAGCUGCAGGAAUGGAUCAGUGAGAUAUUCACACAUGGCUUCUUGGGAAACGAACACUCAGGGAUUCCAGCAUGCUUCAGCACUGCAGAGGAGGUGGGGAAGUUCAUCACAAUGGUGAUCUUCACUGUAUCAGUCCAACACGCCGCUGUCAACAAUGGACAGUUUGACUACAACUCCUGGUUGCCCAAUGGCUCUCUCUUGCUGCUCAAACCCCCUCCAACCACCAAGGGGCAGUCCAACAUGAAGACGGUUCUCGAGGUCCUCCCAAAUAUUGGAGACACAGUCAAGUUUGUAGCAAUGGCCUGGAUACUCUCAAACAAGUAUUCUGACCUGGUUCCGUUGGGUGCAUAUCCUGAAGAGCGUUUCCAUGAGCCUGCGCUGAAACGGAUGAUUGAGGAAUUUCAAGCAGAGUUGUCCUAUUUAAGGGAAGAAAUAGAGGCAAGAAAUUCUAAACUGGAAGUACCCUACUCAUACCUGAACCCAGCUCUAAUAGAGAACAGUGUUGCCAUUUAGGAUAGACAGAGGAGAACAGCAGCCACAUGUAUGAAAGGAAGUUAAUUUAACCUGGAAUUUCAUACCUGCUUUAACAAACUGAGACCAGAAUAGUUCAUUCACAGCUGUAUUCAAUAAGCAAAAGUGGCCAAAGGAUUUUUGUGUGCUUCUCUUCCUUCCUAUUAGUAAAGUUUUUGUUCAAAUGUAUAAGCACCAUUUACUGUAUAUUUACCAGUGUUUAAUUAGCAACAGCCAAUUUCAUAUUAUAUCACUCUAUCAGGCCUGUGAAUGCUCCAAUCUGAGGUUAGGUGACUUUUCCUAAAGUACCCUCCCAUGACCCUGCUGGGAAUAAAC